AUGCAAAUUUCAACAUUGUCAAAUCGGUUGAGUCGCUGGCAAUGGGCGGGCCUGGCCAGCUUGUUCGUAAUCGCUUUCAUCACAAUCAUUCAAUACCCGUUAGCAACGACUAGCACCGACCCGAUUUCAGCAUCGAAAAAUGCCUACUCAUUAACAGCAUCCGGAGCCGUCUCUAAAUUCCAUCUACUUCUCCCGGCAAGCGGCUAUCAUUUUCGACUAUGUCGCGCCGUCGCCUCCGCGAUAGCUUUAGGCUAUCCGGUUCCAGUGUUGAAUGGCUGGAUGAAAGAAGGCGACUUGGACGCGUCCAAGACUCAUUUGGCCAAAGUUCGCACUGUCAUGCAAUACCUAGACAGUUUGCCCGCUUCUUCCGAUGAUGAUCUCGUUCUUAUGAUUGAUGCCUAUGAUGUCGUGUUUCAAAUUCCACCCGAUGUUCUCAUCGAGCGUUAUUUCGCCAUAACCAAAGCUGCGAGUGCCAGACUCGCUUCGCGGUAUGGGGUCAAUUCCAGCGAGUCGCUCGCAGCAGACGAUGCGCCCCGACAGACUAUCUUGUUUGGCCCCGAAAAGGUCUGCUAUCCUGUUGAUUGGAGCCGUGUCGGUUGUUGGGCGGUUCCCCAAGAUAUCGGCAUUCCUCGUGGAGCGUUUGGGCCAGAUGAUGGGCAGCUACAGCAUAACCUGCCACGAUGGCUCAACUCUGGCACCAUCAUGGGUCCAGCCAAGGACAUGCGACUGAUGUUUGCUGCCACGCUUGACCGAAUUGUCAAGCACUAUGACCCUAAUCACGAAUACAGUGACUCUGAUCAGAUGUACAUAAGUGAUGUCUGGGGCGUCCAAGAGUUUGCCCGCUCGAUGAGAGAACUGCGACAAUAUUUCCACGGUGAUAUUAACCCGAAUGCCGCUUUCCCAACCAAUGAGGAAAAGGUUGUACCAAACCUCGAACCAGACCAGAGGACUGAAUAUCAUAUUGGCAUCGAUCACCGAUCUGAACUUUUCCAAACGCGGGCCGGCUCGGACUAUGUCCUGGAAAUGCUCACAUUCAACGAGACAACCGAUGUAAAUGGAACUACGACCUUUGCGACCGUCACUCAAAAUAUUGCCGAGUCUCCUAACUUCACCCCCUAUGAGAUAUACCUACCAUCCAACUUGGCUUCCUCGAUCACUCGGAUUCUCCGAUUGGUCGAACCCGCCGUCGGCGUUGUACCAAACGUCACCGACAUCGCCCUCGAAACGAACAUCGUGACCAAGAACAUCUACGGGAUGUUCCAUUCUACAGGGGGCAAGGAUUGGAUUGAUCAAUUGUGGACUAAGUUGUGGUUCUUUCCGUACGUCCGGCCCCUUUUCGAGGCCAUGGUCCCGGCGUUGCAGGCUGGAUGGCCCAUUGCGGUCGCAGAUGGCCGCACAUGGGUCCCAUCUCACACGCUCUCUGCGAAUUCUUCCGUGAUCCAAGGCAUCAAUGCCACCGGGGUUUGGAAAGACAUUGAUGAUGGAUGGCUGAGCUGGCAGGAGCUUUGUGGGGCAUUCCAUGCGGAGGUGUUUGAUGGCUACACGCCCCCGAUGGAUGACUGA